AGAUCCGGGAAGCCUUCAAGGUGUUUGACCGGGAUGGCAACGGCUUCAUCUCCAAGCAGGAGCUGGGCACGGCCAUGCGCUCCUUGGGCUACAUGCCCAACGAGGUGGAGCUGGAGGUCAUCAUCCAGCGCCUCGACAUGGACGGUGACGGGCAGGUGGACUUUGAGGAGUUUGUGACGUUACUGGGACCCAAGCUGUCCACCUCGGGCAUCCCGGAGAAGUUCCAUGGCACGGACUUCGACACUGUCUUCUGGAAGUGCGACAUGCAGAAGCUGACAGUGGACGAGCUGAAGCGGCUGCUCUACGACACCUUCUGCGAGCACCUCUCCAUGAAGGACAUCGAGAACAUCAUCAUGACAGAGGAGGAGAGCCACAUGGGCACGGCCGAGGAGUGCCCCGUCGACGUGGAGA